GCAGGACAGCGGUGCAGAUCAAGCAGGGUUCGGAGGGGGCGUCUGUAUUUGGACCGGCGAGGUUUGAGCUUCCGCGGUGAUGUUCGUUCCCGCUCUCCGAUAUGGGUCAUGUGAUACCACGUGAUGCUAUCGCUGUAUCGGGACUAGCGCCGCCAAGGCCACUUUACGCGGUUGACUCUCGAGGCGCGUCUCCGUCUCACUCCGUCCGCCAAACCAUCGCGUUAUCGAAAUAUCACGACGAGUCACCCGUGACUGAUUUCACUGACCUUCCUUGAAUUCCAUACUGUAUGUGAUGCCUUGAGGUCUAAUUGCUGUGUUUUUGUGCUGUGUUGCUGAUGAUGGCU